AUGUCUGUUACUCUUCAUACCACGCAUGGAGAUCUCAAGGUCGAGCUCUUUUGCGAGGCCGUGCCUCAGACAGCCGAAAACUUCCUCGCCCUCUGCGCUUGCGGCGCAUACAACAAUACCCCCUUCCACCGUAUCUUCCCCGGCUUCAUGAUUCAGGGCGGUGAUAUUUCGCUCGGGCCAGCACCAGGAACUUUGAAUACACUAAAACCUAUGCUACCCGUCAACGAAAUCCCCAAGGGCGGCACCUCAAUCUACCACCCUCGUGCACUAAAUCAGGAGAUUCACCUGCCAGCCCUCCGUCACAAUGCGCGCGGAAUCCUGUCAAUGGCGUCAAGGCCAGUUAAAGACCGGACGGCACCGGGGUCACAAGGUGCGACGGGUGCGACGGUCAAUGGGAGUCAGUUCUUCAUCACCUUCGCUGCGGCUCCCCAUUUGGACGGGGCGAGUACCGUGUUUGGGAAGGUUCUGAACCUGAGUCCGCAGGAUGAGGGAGGAGAUGUCCUGAGCAAAUUGGAGAAGGCGAAACUAAAGGUGGACAAGAAGGGGAGAGUGACUCGGCCGAAAGAAGGGGAGGAGGGUGAAUAUGAAGCGAUUGGUGUCAACAGCGUGACGAUCCACGCCAACCCGUUUGCGAAGUGAGAUGAGGUCCUACUGUUCACAGGUAGAAGAUGACUUCAUGAGAGAGAGUUCUCGGACCGCAGUCCACUCCUGCAGCCUCGAGGAGGACCUGCAAGUCCUUGCCGGCGGUAUUAGAUCCAACCCACCGAGAUCCGUGAAAUUGAGCCGGAUAUUCUAACCGCUGGGCCAACGACCGGCGAUAUUAACCCCUGGAGCAUGGAUUACAGUCAUUCAUGUUGACUGCUCAAUGCCGGUGAUAUGGCUCUGCUGGACGAUUCUGAGUCACGCUUCCAGCAAGAUUUGCGCGGCAACGGUGAGAUACGGCGGUCAUCGCAACCCCAGAAGGUUUGCAGGCAUUUUAGUACCAAGCAAAGUGACCCUGACAAAGUUACGAAAAGAUACAAGAGAUACUAGACUGAGUGCAUUAUAAGCCAGGAAAUAUGAUUUCGC